AUGAUAUUUCUAUCUCUCUCUCUCUCCUAUAUUUCUCUCUCUCUCUCUCUCUCUCAGGCUGAACAAGCCCAAGCGGACGCGUGCGCUCGUUUCGAACAGCUAUCAGCUCGAGCCAGGGAGGAGUUGAUAGACUUCAGAACAAGAAGAGUAGCGGCCUUCAAGAAAAGUUUAAUAGAUCUUGCGGAAUUAGAGAUCAAACAUGCUCGGGCCCAGCAGGAGUUAUUCAGGAAGUCAUUACAAGUACUGAGGGAAUGUCAGUAA